AUGUCCCCAGCAAACCCACCGCUCUUCACCAUCUUCUGCUUCCUCUGCACUCUCUUCCCUGCCUUCCCGGGUUCACCCAUACCCGACCCGGCCCCGUCCCCAGUCCAGUCGUCAUUCCUCCCAACCCGAACUCCAUAUCCCCCUGCUGCUACAAUCCCUGCAUUCCCAGAACAAUCUGACAUAGCCGGGUGCCCGCUCCACCUCCCAAAUGAGCUCUUUCACGGCAUAAAGUCCGCAUGCUCCGCCACAAAAGGCGACUCCUUAGGGAAGCUGCAGCACAGCAGGUGCUGCCCUGUGCUUGCGGCGUGGCUUUAUGAUGCCUACUCUGCCACCGCCCUCGGCGGAGGCGGCAGAGUGGGCCCAGCAGCGGCGGGUCACAGCAACACCACUUAUGACCCGCCAUUGCUGCCAGAUGACUCAGAAACUUGCGUUCAGGACCUGGGCGAGGCGCUGAAAACCAGAGGAAUAGAACUGAUCAAGCCAAAUGAGACGUGUGAUGUGGUGUAUUGUUAUUGUGGGAUAAGAUUGCACCCUUUGAGUUGUCCUGAGGCAUUUUCAGUGAACCAAAGGGGGAAACUUGUUGGGGAUGCGAGCGUGAAGCGGUUGGAGAGAAAUUGCUUGAGCAGCAGUGGAUUUCCGGGUCUUGGUGGCUGCUCCAAAUGCUUAAAAAACCUCCACCUUCUUAACAAGAAGAAGACUUUCAAUUCAAGCAAAUUAGAGGACAGGACCACCAAAAUGCACAACAAAGAUUGUCAGCUGAUGGGUCUCACAUGGCUACUUGCUAAGAAUCGAACGGCUUACAUCCACACAGUUACAUCUGUGUUCCGGGCCAUCAUGUUAAGCGCCGAUGGCUCCGAUCCUCAAUCAUGCACUCUCAACAGUGAUGGAAUGCCUCUAGCCGUCGAUUCUUCUGAAAUAUCUGAUAAUUCCUCAUCCAGUAUCCUUGCAGCUUCCAUCUCUCUCUGCGUCAUGUCACUUUCUUUGUUAUUUGUGCAGCUUACCCUAUGCUCCAUCCAAAGUUAG